AUGGUGGUGAGGUCAGAAUUAGGGGUGGAGCUGGAAGGGGCGGGGGUAGAGGAGGCGGUGGAUCAGAUCGCGGUUCUAACCGCCCAGACUAUGGCGGUGGGCGAGGACGGCCGAUGCCGCAACGAGAAAACGGGAUUCAUCCCAGCUCUAGACCUGGCGGGGCAGGAGCCCCCGGCGGGCCUGGUUACAUCCCCGUGCCUACCUGGUCAGCCUGCCCCUGCGGGAGGCUCGCUCUACUCUCGUCCUGGCGGAGCCUCGCUGUGGGGCGGCGGCGGAACGACUAUGGCGGAUAUGCUCAAGUCUUCCGCCGCCGCGCAGCAAGCACAGCAAGCUCCGCCUGCGCCGGCACCCGCGCCGGCACCGACCUUGCAGGCGCACGCGCCUAUUCCGCAGCCAGCCGCACCCGUUGUUACCGGCCCCCCCGCACCCACUCCGUAUCUCGCGGCAACCAUGGCGUCAGCCGUCACGGCGCCGAGUUUGUACUCGUCUGCAGCAGAUCCGGUACUGCAUCCGCAGAGUAAGAGAGACGUGGGCACAGUAGGCCCGCAGAGGCCAAUCGGAGAGCGGUUGCCGCCGGCGAGCGUGGCCGCCGAAGCGGCCGAUGGUAGCGACGCUGCUGCGACUCAACUGCCGGGAGUUACCCUGGUGGCAGAGCAGCAGCAGCAGCAGCAGCCCGAUUCUAGCGCGGCUCAGGUUUCUGUGAGCGAUGCGGCAGACGCCGUUCCGGCUGCUGGCACGGGCCUGCAGGCACAGCAGCAGGUGGCGGAGCAGCCGCCUCAGCAGCAGCAGUCUGUUCUUGGAUCGAUUGGCACUCCCGCUGCUGCUGCAGCCGACGUCGUGGCGGUCACUCCCGCGCAGGAACCGGAGGCAGCUGUUGCGGCUCCAGAGGAUCGGUCAGGCGUGGCGGCAGCGGCGAGCAAGCUGCAGAGUCUGGGCCUGCAGGACGACAAGCCUGUCAUCAUUCCCGGGCAUCUGCGCGUUCCCGAGGCUGACCAGACGCGCCUCAGCUUCGGCAGCUUCGGAGCUGGGUUCGGCACGUCCUUCGGGACUGGCUUUGGUGCGGACGCGCUGUCCGCCAGCAAGACCGGUGACGCUGUCGGUUCGUCAAGUCUGCUUUCGCAGCCUGCUGCUGCGCAAGCGACGGAGCAGCAGGAGCCGGAGCAGGAGAAGCAGCAGGAGCAGGAGCAGGAGCAGGAGGCGAAGGAGGAGCACGCUGCGAUCGUGGACGUGGAGCAGGUGGAGCCCGCCAAGCACGAGGAGGAUCUGCCCGUCCCGCAGCAGCAGGCGCAGGCGAAGGAGGAGCAGGCGCAGGCUGGUGUGGCGGAGUCGCUCCCUAGCCAGCAGGCGGAGGCUGCAGCGUUUGCUGCGCAGGCUGCGGCUGCUGCCGCGGCGGCGGCCGCGCAGCAGGCGCCAGCAGCUGCUGCCCAGCCGAUGCUGCAGGAGGCGCAGGCUCCUGUGGUUGCUGCCCAGCAACCGCAGCAGCCGCAGCAGCAGCAGCAGCAGCAGCCGCUGGCUGAGCAGACUCAAGCUCAGCAGGCGAUCGCCCCUCAAGCUCCGCUUGUCCAGCCCCAGCAGCAGCAGCCAGCGCAGGUCCAGCAGCAGCCGCAGCAGCAGGCGCAGAGUCAGCUGUCGCAGCAGCAACAGCUGCAGCAGCUGUCGCAGCUGCAGCAGCAGCAGCAGCAGCAGGCGCAACAGGCGCAGCAGCAGCAGGCGCAGCAGCAGCAGCCGCAGCAUCAGCAGCAGCAGCAGCCUUCCGCGUAUCCGUAUGUGCCUGCGCUUCAGAAUUACCCCGCGUUUGGUCUGGUCCCGCAGAUGCCCGCGGGGCAAUAUCCUGCAUACGACGCGUCAGAGCCUCAAGUCGCAGGAGACAUUUCCCGCUUUACGUCCGUGGGACUGCAACAGUACAGCGACCCGCCUGGCAGCUACUACUCGCCCGCGUUCAGGCCGAGUGGCGACGGCGAAAUGCGUUACUCGCCGUUCGUGACUUCGUCGGGAUCUGCUCUGGGUGCCAAGUACGGGACGGCUGGUGCAGGGCAGGGACUGCCUUCUCAAGAGACAUCGAGCAGCUUGGGCAUUGUGGGCUAUGCGCAGUAUGCUGUGCCGCCCAAUUACUACACCAUGCACUCGCCCUACUCUCACCCCAGCUACGCUACCCCCUCGUCCACAUACCCACAAGCGCCUGGCAAUCCCUCAUACCCCACGGCAGCAGGCUCAUCGUACCCGCCCGGCACAGUCGCAGGCGCGAAAUACCCCAUGCCGGCAGGGUAUAAAACGGCAGGUUCCACUGCGGGCACAGGGCACUUGACUGCAGGGGCAGCGGCGUAUGGGGCGUAUCCGGGGGCAGCUGGGGGUUAUGGUGGUGGGCCUGGGAUGUCAGCAGGCGGGACGAGCAGUGGCGGGUAUGAGGAUGUGGGGGGCAGCCAGUACAAGGACGCCAGCAGCCUAUACCUGCAAGGCCAGCAGGUGUCAAGAGACAUGGCUGCAGCAGCAGUUGCAGCAGGCAUGCCUACAUCGUCGUACUACAACCUUGCACCAGGACAAGCUGGUCAUGCAGGGGGCUACCCAUCCGCCACACACAGCCAUCCCCAGGCACCAGGCGCCCAUGCCACACACCCUGCAGCAGCAUACGGAGCAGCCGCCGCCGCCACUGCGGGAUUAUACCAUGCUUCCCAGUCAGGCCCCGGAGGGCCUUCGGGCCAUGUGCACGGGCACUCCCACCAGCAACUGCUGCAGUCGCAGGGCAUGGGUGGUAGCGCUGGCGGUGCUGGCGGGUCUGCUGGGGGUGGUGCUGGUAGCUACCAGCAGCAGCAGCAGCAGCAACAGCAAGCGCAGGCGCAACGCUCCCAGCAGAGCUGGAGUGGCACGUACUGA